AUGACGGUCUGCACUACUUCAAGAGCAUAUAAACAGCUUAUUGCUAGCUUUCUUUACAAAACCAGUGACUCAAUGGAUGGACUGCCUUUCAAGUUACAUGAUUUUGGCUAUCGAGGCUCAACUUCUGUGGAGAGUGCAGGACUUGGUGGUGCUGCCCAUUUAGUGAAUUUUGUGGGUACUGAUACCAUAGCAGGUUUGCAGUUAUGCAGGGAAUAUUACUCGUGCGAAAUGGCUGGAUUCAGCAUACCUGCCACUGAACACAGUACAAUCACGACAUGGACUCGUGAAGGCGAGGUUGCGGCAUUCCGGAAUAUGCUGCGACAGUAUCCAAAAGGGUCCAUAUCUGUUGUGUCCGAUUCCUACGACGUUUUCCACGCAGUGUCAUCGAUAUGGGGAGAACAGCUUCGUGAAGAAGUAAUUGAACGUGGCAAACGUGGAUGUCUCGUUAUAAGACCUGACUCGGGUGAUCCAGUUACGGUGCUGUUGAAGGUGCUAGGAUUACUCGAGGAAAAGUUUCCAGUGACGGUAAAUGGGAAAGGUUACAAAAUUUUACCGCCCUAUUUGCGAAUCAUACAAGGUGACGGCAUCACUUAUGAAUCAAUUGGAGCGAUCCUUCAGGCAUUACAAAAAGGAGGGUGGAGUGCGGACAAUGUGGUGUUUGGCGCUGGAGGUUCACUUCACCAACGACUAAAUCGUGACACCCAAAAGUGUGCUUUCAAAUGCAGCCAUGUUGUCGUCAAUGGUGAAGAGGGUGGUAGUUUAAGAGAUGUCUAUAAAAAUCCGGUAACUGAUGAAGGAAAGCGUUCUAAGAAAGGAUACCUGACUUUGCAACGGAGACCUUCUUUUGAUCUUGAAAAUGGUCAUCUGCUGAUCGAUUGGACGCUCGAUGACAUUCGGAAGAGGGCAGAAAUCGAUAUUGUCAAGGAAGCAAGAAAAAGCGAGACAACUGUGAACGGUGUAGCAGGCGACCUCUGA